CUUGGCUUUCUUCCCCUUCCAUCCUCUGAUCGGUCAUUUCUCUCGCUCUGGCUCUGGCUCUGGCUCUGGCUCACUUUUUCUCUCUCCCAGCCGCCGUUCGUUUCCCACUAGGCCGUCCGCCCGUCCGCCCAGUACACACUCGUACACACCUCCCAUGUCCCUCCCUACUCCCUCCCACCACCCAAGUCAAGCAUGCAUCCGCCAUCGGGCGACCGCCAGGUACACACUGGAGAAGGCAAAAGGGCCAAGCCAACUGGGCACUUUGGCACUCUUGCCCGGCGUGGAGACCUGAGGGGCGCCACCUCUGAGUCUCUGACCCUAUGCUGACUCCGAGCCCUUUUCCAAAGGCUUGGCUUCCAUUUUGCCAAAAAAGAAUGCACUCUUGCUCGUCUCUUUCUCUCCCGCCCAGCCUUGGCCGGCAAGGACGGCGCAUUGGCAAAAGAGCUGUAAAGCGCGCCCUUUCCCUCCCUCUCUCUACAAUCUACGGAUACAGUCUCUUGUGUUCGUAUGCCCAGCUUCUGGUCUCGCUGCUCACUUGACGUCGGUCACCGGAAUCCUUCUUCCAUCUCCUCGGCCCCAUGUCCGUUUUCCUCUUUUAAGGAACCGAGAUCCCUCCCACCCACCAGCUGCCGCGACAUACUCGCGCCCUGGUUCACCGUUGCCGACAGCUCUUCCCGUACCCGUACCCCUACAGUACAGUACAGGAGGGCAUUUUUCUCCCGACCGGUUCGUUCGCUGUCGUUGCACCUGCGUGGAACGCCUCGCUACGAAUGUCCCAUGCCAUAGCAAGGGUCUCUCAUCAGACACGCCGAAUCCACUUUCCGCGGACCGCGAGAAACAACCGACAACCUUCACCUCCGGCUUUUCCUCUCCUCCAGGCUGAAUCGUAGUACCGGCGGCCCGCUGCCAGUACUGUCCCGGUUCAGCUCUAGCUUCCGUACCAUCAGGUCGGUUCGUUGCAUUGCGUCUUGUCUACCUACCUAGCAAGCCGGAUGCCCGAUGAACCACCUCCGGUAGCCAGCACUUGACGCCGAGCCUCUCACUGCACCCUUAGCUACCUGUCUCUCGACCCUCCGCGGCUCACGUUUGGCACUGCUCCCAUACCGUCACGAUGCAUUACCCACAGCCUUUCCUCGCCUUGUUGUCGCUAUGCUUGUUCUCUUCGAAUGUCGCUCGCGCCGAUGAUACCACCACUGUCCCCAUCUACCUUCCGCACUACGAUGCUAAGAGCUGGUCGCAGCUGCGGGGCAGCGUCAUCUCAAGUGACGCUAAAGAAACAACCUACACUAUCUUCUGCGCGCCGCAAACACCGCCCAACUGUGACCUCGCUGUCGAGUUUCCCUUCAUCUUUGCCGAAGGCGAGAACACGCUCCAGUUUCAUGGCACCAAAACGUCGACACUUAUCGCCGACCUGGGAUGCACGCUGAGUGGGACAACAGCCGCGACGUGCUCUGGAUACUCGAGUUUAAGAAGCGGAUAUGUCAACGGAAAAUACACAGGCCCGACUGAAGUAUCAUGGACCUCGACCAUGACCGGCUCCGAGGUGCAAUGGGGUGUUUUGACACUGGCUGAUCACGAUCCUACGGCGACCGCAGCGCCAACCACGGCCGACAACCCCAACUACGACGACUUCCUCUAUACAGGCACCAUCUCCUCUUCAAUACCCGCCGAGACUAAUCCCAGCGCUGCUUCACGUCUCGUUUCUGGCCGGGCUCUUGCCGCGUCAUUAUGCACCAUGGUUCUUGCUACUCUGAUAGCAUAAGGAGCAAAUACCCUUCGCGCAAGCGACGUACACCAGAUCGCGCGCACAGCCGUGCCGAUAACCCUGACUCGGCGAGAACCUCAACGAGCGAAUGAAGGGAAACAAAACGCAGCAUCUUCCCGUUAGAAUGGCAGCAUAUGGAGCAGGGCAAUAAAGGAAUUCUGGAUCGAACAACGGAGAAUAAGGGUGUCACACAUUACUGGAGCUAUACCCUCGUUUUCAUCAAGUGGGUAUACAUAGCGGGUUAUUUGGCGAGGCCCAUUGUCUUUUUUCAAUGGAAGGUUUUUUUUUUCCAACAACCCACCCCGUUCUGUUGGGGUGAGUUUUGUAGUUCAGAUCUUUACUGCUACUGACGAUGUGCUCCUAUUUUUGGAGUUAUACCCCGUAUCGGCGUUGUACAAGUUUGCGAUCAAGGGACAGUUUAACGGCUGAAAACAAAUACACAUCUUCAACUGGGUUGAGGAGGGCAGCUCGCCUUUUCCCCGUCCGGUGUUGCUCAACCUUCACGAGAUGAUUCCGCCUCGUUAGUUUCCCCCCACCGGCCGAGGAGCAAGUGAUGAAUUU